UAUACAUGAUAUAUAUUUGGAGAAAAACCGACAGCAAUGAGCUAGCUCUGACAUGGGACUGAAGAGAUUCGCCGUGUUCGCUGUUGUCAUGUUAGCUUGGUGUCUCUACCAAGCUGAUAUUGGACUGGGCGGAUCGGUGUUGACGAAGGAAGAAGCAACAAAAGACUGCGGUGCUCAUCUAUACGAGUGGUAUACAGGAUGUUCCAAGUCUGUGUGUUUCAAGGCGACAAGCGUGGAUUACAUCAUUCACCACGAAUGCCGUCCAGUUGUCCCUGAGUACGAGGUGCCAGACACCACCAACUGUGCGGUUGUGUCCAACAGUUCGCUGACUUUCCCUGACUGUUGCCCGUACGUCCAAUGUGAUGGCGACCAGGUAGCUCCCACGGAGACUGGAUUAGUUUGCUACGACAGUGGCUCAGCCUAUGCCUGUAACAUUUGGCGGAUCCUUAACGGAUGUCUGACAACAAACGCACUGUAUAACUUCACAAAGGACCACUGUCAGCAAACUUGCGGAUUCUGCUAAGAUCCGAGGAAUACACGAUUGAAAAGACGCAGAUUUCGGGCUAGGUUUGGCUGACGCCUCGACAACCCAACAGGUCCGACUCUUCAAACAGCCACCCAGUGUGAUGCCGGUCCAUCAUCUGAUAUAUAGUUGCACGUGUGAGACCGACACAAACGGUACACAAACUGUGUCUCGAAGGACAGUGUACAAAACCGUGGUCAUACGCUCGGGAUCUACUCCAGGCGGCAAAAGACAAUGUUUCGAAGUCCUCUACUCACUCGUUAUUGAUAAUGAGCCAGCUGGCUGGCGUUGUCUACUGUAACUUCUAAACGUUCUUUAUACUCUCCAAGCAACAUAUCGUAGUUUUUAUUUGAACUACAUGUACUCUGUAAAUA